GUCAGCCAUUCGCACUGUUUGGGGACAGGUUAUAGCAAAACAAACCACUUUUCUACUUUUACUUAACUAUUCCACGGUCUCAUCAUGUCGCGGGAACCAAUGGGCAAAGUGUUGCUAAGAAAUGUAAUCCGUCACACAGAUGCACAUAAUAAGAUUCAGGAGGAAUCGGAGAUGUGGAAGCUGCGGGAUAUGGAGAGACAGGCUCCAGCCCAGACUGCGUUCCACAAACGGACCCCUGCGCACAUGCACAGGGGCCACAUGCACUGUGACCGUUUUCUAGAGGAGACGUCCGUUUCGGCGCGUGACAGAACCGAUGAGCGAGAGGCGCGAUACUGGACACGCAAACUGUACGAGUUCGAGGCCAGCGACCCCGACAGGUGGGGACACAGUGGCUUUAAAGAGCUGUACCCUGAGGAGUUUGAGCUGGACAGUGAGAAGGAGGGCAGUGACGGAGAGAAUCACAGGAGGAAGAAGGGCAAGGCUGGCCUGGAGGCCGACAGACACAAGCGCUCCAAGAAGUCCUCCAGGAAGAAGAAGAAGAAGAAGAAGGAGAAGAAGAAGAGGAAGGCAGAGGAGGCGGCGGAGGAGAGGAGCGGCAGCGAGGGGGACAGCGACAGGCGGCGGAGGAGGAAAAAGAGCGGGAAAAGCAAACAUAGGAGGAAGAAGAGGGAGCGAGAGAGGGGGAGGAAGGUGGAGAGCAGCUCGGAGGACAGCGACUCCGCUGGCAGGGACCUACCCAGGAAACGGCACAGGAAGCCGGAGAGAGACGGCGAGGCCCAGGACCAGGCAGAACCACACAGGAAGAAGAGGAAGAACUGGAAGGCCACGAACGAGGAGAACUCAGAGGAGAGCUCCGAGGACUGAGCUCAGGGAAUGUUGGGCCUCCUCCUUGCCGGGGGUCCUGCGGCCCUGGCGAAAGGCUGGAGACCUGUGCGUUUGGACUCAGUGGAAGUGUCUGUGUGACUCUGUUCUGCAGGCCUUUCCGGGCCUGGUCCUCCAUGCUGCAUCAGAGGCAUGGAGGGAUUCUGCAGUUUAGGGGCUGGCUGGGACCUGGAUUCUCCUUUUCCACUGCAGUGCUGGAACCAGGCUGACCCAGCGCGGCGUGGUUACCGCUCCCCUGCAUUUCCUGCGAUCUGAAGAUCGGCGUGGUCGCCGAGCUAUGCGUGUGGCUGAGGAGGUCCUUAAAAGAUGAGGAGCUACAAAACCGUCUCUGACAAUGGCAGACAUUUAGAGGUAGAAAGAUGGAAAACAACCUCGAGCCUGAACAGGGUCAGUCUGCCUCCUGUUCCACGAUGUAAGUAAUGAGUCAGCCUGGCUCCUGCUCUGAAGUGGGAAAGGAGUGUAAUGAACCAGACUGGUUCCAGCUCUGCAGUGGGAAAGGCGUAGAAUGAACCAGCCUGGUUCCAGCUCUGCAGUGGGAAAGGCGUAGAAUGAACCAGCCUGGUUCCAGCUCUACGAUGGGAAAGGGGCCUCGGUUUCAGCGGAGAAUGGGUAACGGAUGACAGCAGGGACUCCUCUUAGGGACAUCAGGUGUACUGGGACUGUGCCACUGCAUCUUAAGCUGUGUUUCUGCUGACCCGCUUUAGCUGGAGGUGAGGUGGAGGGGUCCUGCAGCAAAUGCCUGCUUAAUCCCAGGUGCUGUAACAGUGCCCAGAAGAGUCAUGUGGAAGUGGCCAGGUUUAUCCUCCAACACAGCGCUCACUCAUUACCAGUCAGCACCACCUCGGUCACAUGUCACACUGUAGAGCAAAUAUUCACCUAUGCUUUCUGCUAGAUCCACGUAGUCAGCAUCAUUCUCAACAGUGGUUUUAAUGUGGUCUCAGUAACGCUGGGGUAGCAAAGGUUUGGAUUUAUCGCUCCGUCAUGAACUAAACUAGCAAGUUAACGUGCCGGUUUGGUAAAUGACCCCUCAUUUAUGUUACAGAAGCGAAAUGGGAAGAUGCAGGCAGAUGUAGGAAAGUAAAAAGUAAGUAAGAGUUACGGUAAUGCCAAUGGAUUGCAUUUAUAUAGCGCCUUCCAAGGGUAUCUGUUCUCUUUACAGCAGAGAUGGAGUCACCUCAGCUGCUGGCAGUGUGUAGCCGUCACCUGGGAGACGGGGCAGGCCUGUGAGAGCACACCAGUCACAGGGCAGGGCAGUGAGGCACUCACUCAUGGUCUGCACAAACCGACCAAGAACAAACUGCAUUUAAUCAUGGUGACGCUGUCUGUGUCGUUUAAAAAGUCUCCUAAAGGCUGUGAGCAGGGGGAAUCGAGCUCGGUGUGGAUGCUGACCUUGAACUGAACAUCCUCUCAGCCCAGCCUUUUGGGUAGCUUAGUCUUCUCUGGCACAUCACUGUUGAAGGCACGUGUGUGAAUAUGCAGGCAUUUUACCACACCUAUAGGGAAAUGCAUCAGGAUAAAUGUAUACAAGUCAUUGGUUUUGUAUACAGCUAAUUGGUUUUGACAUAAAGCAGCAUGCACACCAGCCCUCCAGCCAUGGAGCCUGACACUCAUACUGCUUUCAUGUCCUGGAUAGGCCUGGCCACCUGUAACAG